AUGAGCGUGUCACGGCAGGCGUCAAAAGUUCCCGUCACCCCAAAAUGCACGAAGUUCUCAACAAUUCGGAAGCUGCCCGCUGCAGAGAAAAGUACCUCUCCAGUGGCGGCGGCUCCUACAAGCAGUGACGAGCCGAGACGCCAGGUGCUCAUCAGCUUCGACGUUGACGCCACCAUCGACACAGUGAACUCAUUGCACAAAGAGCAGCACCGCGUAAGCGAGGAGGACACCACGGACAAACGAAUCGGCCGCUACCAUUAUGCACAGCUUGUUGCACGCCUGAAUGAGCAACGCAGCCUGCACCAAUCUACAGCUGUGUUUGUGGAAACAAUGCUGAAGGAGGUCAACCACUCCGCCGAAGCCAGCGUUGCGAUCAAAGCGUCGGCAGCUACGUGGGGACUCAAGCUCCUGGCCAAGCACGCUGGCCACAGCGCCAUGAACACGGUUCUCGAAUCGCUUUUGCCGGCUCUGUAUUGCGAGUACGACCCGGAGAAGCUGUGCAAGGCACCCCCUGCCGUGCAGCUGCAGGUGCGCAGGCCGGACGUACUCAUGGAUAACCCGUACUUUACGCAUUCCAUGUUCGUGGAUGAAGUGCAGGCGGACAAGAGAUCUGCUACCAAGCUUCAAAAGUCGCUGGAGGCGGCGUUGCGUGCGAACGACCAGCGCAGAAACAUUGUGUGCCGCCUUAUUGAGCGCCAACGGCAGCAGCAACUUGAAGUCGCCUUCCGUUGCUGGCGCCACCAUGUACGCCAACAGCGCCUCCUGCGCAUGAUGGGCGACAAUACAGCGAAGCAGUGGGCAGAGGAGAUGUUGAGGCUGCGUGUGCAGACAGUCUUUUACCAGUGGAAGCUGCUUGUAGAACGAUCGCGAAGUGCGUACUUGACAGAAAGACUGCAUGAAGCCGCGUUUCAGCUGGAAAACGCAAAGAAUCAGUUUCAGCUGCAGUGUUACCGCGCCGAUCGCCUGGUGCAAACGGCAAAGGAGGCGACGGAAGAGAUGGAGCGAGUGUCGCGGAUCAACGAGGACCUUCAGCGGCAAGUGGAUGAGUUGAAGGAAGAUCAGGUGCGCAAGGAGAGAGAGUACAAAGAGAAGCUAGCGCGAAAUGUGACGCAGGUGCUGAAGCUGCUGGAGACCUACGACUCGCUGGCGCGCGUAUUGCUGCAUUCGAAGCAAGCGGACGAGUAUUUUAUGCCAGAGAAGCCGCUUUUAUCUGGACACCCUCAGAGUGGUGAUGGCGGUGAGGAACCAUCUGAAAAUGAAGGCCAGUCGCUUGAGGUGAACACUGUCACGGAGGCGAGCUGGGAGAGUCCACCCGGCUCAGCGCUGCAGUGGCUGCGGCAGUGGUGUGAUGGGGUGCUGAAGCAAGCUAGCGGUCGCACGGAACCAUUCAAGCCGAUUCGCUCCUUCGGCGCCGACUUUUCGAACGGCGAGCGCUACCUCUACAUUUUUCAGCACGUAUUCCCCGAUGUGGUCCCCACGGUGCUCAAGAUCCACGACAUGGACGUCGAAUCGCGGCUGCGCCGCAUUCGCGGCUACGUUGCUGACUGUGGCCUUCGCUACCGGCUGGUGCCAUCAGACCUCCUGAAUGAACGGGAAGAUCUACUUGUGUGCUCCCUGAGCGAGCUCUACCAUCAGCACAUGCUACGUAAGUGGGACCAGAUAGUAUCGCGGUCAGUGGUGGAACUGGACGCGCUUAGGGAGGGUGACAUGCAAGCGGCCCUGCUUGGGUGCACGGUCUCAUCGCCAACGGAGGAUCUCGCAGACGCCCCAACCGAACAGCUGGACGAGGCCGCAGUGAGGGCGCAGAUUAGCGACUACGCCGAGCGAGUGAAGGCCAUGAGCGAAGAGUUCAGCACGUCACUCGCAGUGGAGAACGAGGUAGUCAAGGCCAGUAGCGCUAUUGCGGUGCAGGAGGCGCGCCUCGGCGGCGAGCGUCUCCAGGGGACGCCUAUCCCGCUAGUGGAUGAAGCUGAACGGUGCGCUUUCUGGAAGUUGCCGGCCGGCGCGUUGGAUGACCUGCGCGGAGUUCAGAAGCUGAGCUCCGAGGAGAGGAUGUGGAACCUAAUCGUGACGCAAACGCUCCCGGAGGUGUUGCAGGCGCACGUCGACACAACGUCACGCCUCUUCUUUUUCUUUGCCGGAGAGAACGCCAAGUCGCUCUCGGAGGUGGCGUUUUGGCGCUUCGUCGAGUGCAGUGGCAUGUUGGUUGGCAGCAUGGAAGUUCCCAUGGACUGGAUAGCGAGGCAGUACGACCACGUCGUGACACCGCAGCUUGACGCAGCGCUGAGGGCAGUGGCGCGCAAUCAGAGCGAGAUGAGUGUUCAGAAGCUGCGCCAGGUCGCCUAUCAAGAAAUGGACAUCCGCAGCGCAACACCACAGCAGUUUGUCGAGCUACUCGUACGACUGGCCAUGGCGUCGGAGAAGGGUAAGCACGGUCUCGUCGAAGGCACGAGCCGCCUACUGCAGGGGCUGCAGCUACUCAACAAGGAAAUCUCUCCAGUGGCGCGCGAGUUGCACGAGCCGGAGGCGCAGCAUGUGUUGCGCUUUUUCAACGAGGAUCUGUUCCGCGUGUACCUCUUUUACGUGAAAAAGCAGGAGUCCUCGCGCAACACGCAAGACGCGUCGAUGGCCACCCAGUGCGGAGGCCGCUUUGCCUCGCAGAUGUCGAUCACAAUGCUCCUCACCAUGCUGGAAGACUGCCGAUUCCUCCUCGACAGGAGCGGGCGGAGAAACUCUUCGAUAGGCGCCUCGGUUGAUUCCACGCGAUCGCUCUUCUUCAUCAACGCCGCGCAAGUACGCAAGGUGGUCUCCGCGUUGGGGAGUCUUUGCAAGGGGGCCAUGAGCGGUGGGCUCUCGUUUAAUCUCUUUCUCGAUACGCUCGCGGUGUUGGCUCAUCACUGGUGCCCCGACCCGCUCGUGCCGGAGCCGCGGCGCCUCGCUGGCUUCCUUGCCCACACAGUACAGCAGCUGAGUGCGCGCCACAUCAACUCCACGUUACUCCUGGGUACCGUUCCGACAAUUAAGUUGGAGGGGCCCAGGAACGUCGACUUCUCGCAUGAGGCACGCCCAUCAAAUGGCACCGUCGCCUAG